GUCUUUCAGCAGAAGCUAGGAAGAGACCCUUUUCAAAGAUCAGCAAAGGAAAUCCAUGAGUUUCUUCCCCUCCCACUGUUCUCAGAUCCCGGCCUGAAAUCCCAGUGGUGUUUCGUCUGUCAUCUUUCCGUGUUGCGUGAUCUUUCCUUCUCGCCUUCCAGGUGUUCGCUUUCCAGAGUCCAGCAAAGAGCAGAUUCAAGAUCAGAAGCGAUUGCUGAAGGGUGCUGCAGCUUUUCUGGUGUCCUACCAGAUCCCAGGCUUGGUCAAAGACUGCCUUGACCACACCAUGCUGCCGAUGGACGGGGCCACGCUAGCGGAGGCCAUGCACCAGCGGGGCAUCAACAUGCGUUACCUGGGCAAAGUGGUGGAAUUCAUCAGCAAGACCCCCACCCGGCAGCAGCUGGACCAUAUCUAUAAAAUAGGAAUCAUGGAACUGAUCACUCGUUCAGCCAAGCAUAUCUUCAAGAUAUACCUGCAGGGUGUGGAGCUGUCAGGCUUGUCCGCCGCCAUCAGCCACUUCCUGAACUGCUUCCUCAGCUCAUUCCCAAACCCCGUUGCCCACCUUCCUGCCGACGAGCUGGUCUCCAAGAAGAAGAACAAGAGGAGGAAAAACCGGAACCUGGGUGCUGCUGACAACACGGCCUGGGCCACCAUGAGCCCUCAUGAACUCUGGAAGAACAUUUGUUCCGAAGCCAAGAGUUACUUUGACUUCAGCCUGGAGUGCGAGAGUGUCGACCAGGCGGUGGAGAUGUACAAUCUCCAGAAAAUCACCCUGCUCCGGGAGAUCUCCCUUAAAACUGGAAUCCAGAUCCUGCUGAAAGAGUACAACUUUGAUAACCGGCACAAGCCAUCGUUCACUGAGGAGGACAUUCUCAAUAUCUUCCCGGUUGUGAAACACGUCAACCCCAAAGCGUCAGAUGCUUUCAACUUCUUCCAGAGUGGCCAGGCAAAGGUGCAGCAAGGUUUUCUGAAGGAGGGCUGUGAGCUGAUCAGCGAGGCCUUAAACCUGUUCAACAACGUGUACGGCGCGAUGCAUGUGGAAAUCUGUGCCGGCCUUCGGCUCUUGGCUCGCUUGAACUACAUCAUGGGCGACUAUUCAGAGGCCUUAAGUAACCAACAGAAAGCGGUACUAAUGAGCGAGCGGGUACUAGGCAUCGAACAUCCCAACACAAUUCAAGAAUACAUGCACCUUGCUUUGUACUGCUUUGCAAACAGCCAGCUGUCCACAGCACUGAACCUGCUGUAUCGCGCACGCUACCUCAUGCUGCUGGUGUUUGGAGAGGAUCACCCAGAAAUGGCACUCCUGGACAACAACAUCGGCUUGGUCCUCCACGGCGUCAUGGAGUACGACCUUUCCCUGCGCUUCCUGGAAAACGCGCUGGUGAUCACAUCCAAAUACCACGGUGCCAAGUCUUUGAAAGUUGCACUGAGCCACCACUUGGUAGCCCGAGUGUAUGAGAGCAAAGCUGAAUUCCGGUCGGCUCUACAGCAUGAGAAAGAAGGUUACACCAUCUACAAAAAUCAGCUUGGUGAGCAUCAUGAGAAGACCAAAGAAAGCUCAGAGUACUUGAAAUAUCUGACUCAGCAAGCCGUAGCCCUCCAACGCACAAUGAACGAAAUAUACAAGAAUGGAUCCAAUGCCAACAUUAUGCCCCUGAAGUUCACCGCUCCCAGUAUGGCCAGCGUCCUGGAGCAGUUAAACAUAAUCAACGGGAUCCUAUUCAUUCCAUUAAGCCAAAAAGACUUGGAGAACCUUAAAGCUGAGGUGCAGAGGCGGCACCAGCUUCAGCAGGCCCUCAAGAGCAGCGAUCAGCCGGAGGCGGAAGAAAGAGCCCCCGAGGAGAGCGAGCCUGAAGCCAGCCCCCCUGUCCUGGCUGCGCCCGAGCAGCGCAUUACGCUCAGCUCGCCCAACGGCCCUCGCGACUGAACCUGACCCGUGGGUUGCUCAGCCUCGGCCUGGGGCAGCUUCUCUUUGGAAAUGUGUUUUGUUUUGUUUUGUUUUCUCUUAAUUUGCACUGGUACAAUGAAUUCACAAUGCAAGCAAACUCAGUUCUAAGAAAGGAGCCCUGCUUGCCUAGGCUGGCGACGGGCAUCCCGAAAGGGGGGUGCAGCAGCUGUCAAUACAGGCACCCAGGAAUGUCGCGGGGGGGAGGCGGCAACAGAGGCGUGUGUGGAGUGUGUGUAUGUAUGCAUCAUCAGUUCAAUUAUACUGUGUACAGAAGAGGUUGAAUUCUGCGUGAGGUAUAACAACAUUACUCAGGUCAUUUUUACUUUGGCUUCCAAGGACAUUGAACAUGGCAAAAAGGAACCUGCGCAUCCCACACACCCCCCCACCCCAGCUUUCAGAGUUCUCUUUCUCCUUUCAAACUUUGCUCCUCAGACCCUAAUGCUGUUUAGGUGAUUGUGAGACUAUAAAUAGUAUAUAUUAAAUAAAUAAAUUCAGCCAUAUUUUUUAUCUAAACAUUGGAUUUUUUUUUUAAGCCUGAACAGUGUGGGCAAAAAAGAGGCAAGAUUUGGAGGAGGUGGCCACACAGCCUAUCAAUAUAUAGGAAAUAGCCAUUGAAUUUCUUUUGGCUUCCACUUUUUUUUUCUUUUUUGGGGGGCGGGGGGAAGCAAUUCUGGUUUGUCUGGGAAAGGUGUUUUCUUCUUUUUGACCUGGGGAACGAGACACCGGCGGGGGGGGGGGGGGGGGGUGGGUGGGGUUGGGGGUUUGGUGUUGUUUUAUUUUUUUUGCUAACCCUGGAGGGGGAACAAUAUAUUAAAAAAAAAAAACCAUGUCCAAAGAAAAUAAAGGUUUUAAUGAAAGAUGUAAAACUGUGUAUUAGCCACAGCCAGCCCUGUGCUGACUAUUUGCCUACACCAGUGGUAAAAAGGGGGAUGGGGCUCUUGCACUGGAAAUUACCUUGUGGGUGGUGGCGGGGGAAGAGCUGAAGGCUGCCCUUCUCACACCCGACUCUCAAAGCCUUCUAAAAGUCUGUAAUGUCCCCCUUUAUCUUUUACAGGGGGAAACCCCCAGUGCCUCUAUCCGCUUUCCCUAACAUGACACCCUGCAAACGGAUUGGACUACAACCUCCACCAUCUUGGUUGGCCAGGCUGAUGGAGCAUGGUGUGAGCCGAAGUCCAACCCAAUCUGGAAGGGGUCCCGCAGGCAGACGGCUGCUGGGCUCUACAGAUCACCCCAAGCCAAGCCCCCCCCCCUUGAUUAGUGUCGCUGGAAGCAGGGUUGGGGGGGACGAAUCCAAGGCGAGGCGGUGAGGCGAAGACGGCUGUCGCGAGGGCAGUUCAGUUGACUGCCCCAAAAGGCCGAAUCGAAUCAAUGUCUUCUUUUUAAGAAAAAAAAAAAGGUUUAUCUGUGAAUGUAUUAAAACAAAGAAUCAUGAACCUAA